AUGCUGCUGCUGAUGCGGGUCGUGUUGCUCUCAGCGCUCUGCGCUGCGGCGCUUGGCUGUCCCACCAUUAUCACCCGCUCCCAGUGGGGGGCCCGGCCCCCAAGAAGCAGGGUCCCGCUGAAGACCCCGGUGCCCUACGUCAUCAUCCACCACACGGUAGGGAACCGCUGCUUCAACCUGGCCUCCUGCAGCCGGGAGGUCAAGGGCAUCCAGAACUACCACAUGGACUCAAACCGCUGGCCCGACAUCGGCUACAACUUCCUGAUCGGCGAGGACGGCAGAGUCUACGAGGGCAGAGGCUGGAGCACCGUGGGGGCCCAUGCCAAGAACUGGAACCAUAAGUCACUGGGAUUCAGUUUCCUGGGCAACUUCUCCAACAGACCCCCCAAUGCUGCCGCCCUGAAUGCCGCCCAGAGCCUGAUCCAAUGCGCCGUCAAGAGGGGCUUCCUGAGACGCAGCUACACCCUGAAGGGGCAUCGCAACGUGAACCCGACCAGCUGCCCCGGGAACGCCCUCUACGGGGUCAUCAGCCGGUGGCCCAGGUUCAAAGCCUGA